GUAACAUCCGGGUCCUGUCCGUGUGGCUCCGUGCUGCUCGGAGGCUAACGCUAGCUAGCAAGCUGUCAAGCUGUCAAGUGGAAAGGCUGGGCAGGCGAUUCAGCUUGGCCGCACUCAGCUCCGGCCUCCUCGAUCUCACCGUAACAUCUGCGAGAGUAUUCUUUAGCUCUCCAGCUGAGAGAAUGUAAUGCGCCACGGCUGUAGGCAAAGAGGGACCUCGGCACUUUUUGAGUCUUGAGUGACGAUCGCUUGUUGCUAGCUCGCUGGCUAGCUAGCCUAGCUGAACCGCCUGAAACCCCCGUUCUGUCGGUGUAGCCUCUCCGGUAAGAACCUUGGACACUCGGUUCUUGUCUCCUUCGCAGCUUCCGUCGCUGUCAACUGGUCUUUUGGUGAUUUGAUCUGUUUCUCAUUUGUGUUCCAGGCUGUUUGAGGGACACAAUGGGGGCAUUUCUGGACAAACCAAAGAUGGAAAAGUACAAUUCCAACGGUGAAGGUAAUAACCUGAGGUAUGGGCUGAGCAGCAUGCAGGGCUGGCGGGUUGAAAUGGAAGACGCACACACGGCAGUAAUCGGCCUGCCUCAUGGUCUCGACCUCUGGUCCUUCUUCGCCGUUUAUGAUGGGCACGCCGGCUCUCAGGUGGCCAAGUACUGCUGCGAGCACCUGCUGGAGCACAUCACCAGCAACCCAGACUUCCAGAGUGCUCUGCAGGAGGACCCCUCUGUGGACAGCGUGAAGAACGGGAUCCGCACGGGAUUCUUGCAGAUUGAUGAACACAUGCGGACCAUCUCAGAGAAGAAGCACGGCGUGGACCGCAGCGGCUCCACCGCAGUGGGGGUCAUGAUUUCUCCAAGCCAUAUCUAUUUUAUCAACUGUGGCGACUCGCGGGGCCUCCUCAGCAGAGGCGGAGCGGUGCACUUCUUCACACAGGAUCACAAACCCAGCAAUCCACUAGAGAAGGAAAGAAUUCAGAACGCCGGUGGCUCAGUCAUGAUCCAGCGAGUUAAUGGGUCCCUAGCUGUGUCUCGGGCUCUGGGAGACUUCGACUACAAGUGUGUGCAUGGAAAAGGCCCGACAGAGCAGCUGGUUUCCCCAGAGCCCGAAGUUUAUGCAAUAGAGAGAUGUGAAGGGGAAGAUGAGUUCAUUAUAUUAGCUUGUGACGGCAUCUGGGAUGUCAUGGCCAACGAGGAACUGUGUGACUUUGUGAGGUCAAGGCUAGAGGUCACGGAGGAUCUGGAGAAAGUCAGCAAUGAAAUUGUGGACACCUGCUUGUACAAGGGAAGCCGGGACAAUAUGAGUGUGGUGUUAAUUUGCUUUCCUGGGGCACCAAAAGUUUCUCCAGAGGCAGUAAAACAGGAGGCUGAGCUGGACAAAUAUCUGGAGGCAAGAGUAGAAGAGAUCAUCAAAAAGCAGGGGGACGAAGGCGUCCCCGAUUUGGUCCACGUUAUGCGGACGUUAGCAUCUGAGAGCAUCCCCAAUCUCCCUCCUGGAGGCGAGCUGGCAAGCAAACGAAGUGUUAUUGAAGCGGUGUACAACAAACUCAACCCCUACCGAAGCGACGACACAGACUCUGCGUCCACAGACGACAUGUGGUAACACAACCUCCUACCACUAACACAGCAUAGAGUUUACAAACCACCAUCCUCUCAAGACCCACAGCAGCUCAGCUCAGCAGUCUGUCUCUCCGUCACUCUGAGCUUUUGGUUUCUAAGAAGGGAAUUUCAUGGGAGGAAGAGGAGGAGGAGGAGGAGGAAGAGGAGGAGGAGGAGUUGCAUGCACACAAACCUGGAAUAGUGCAGCACCACCAGUCCACUCUGGAGUUCAGGAUCCCCACCGUCUUGUCUCCCCUUUAUGUUCACCCACCUUAAUAUUCUCCUCUAAAGUAAUCCAUAAAAAGUGAGUCCACGCGGUUUUCUUUCUUUUCUUUUUUUGUUUUGUUUUGUUUUUGUUUUUGUUAAAUAAUCAGCUUAAGUAGUAAAGAUUUUUUGCUGUAAUUAAUUUGAUUCACAUUUCCUUGUGUGUGUUUGUAUAUUUCUGUUUUUGUGAAGUGCAAUUGUCCUGUACAAACAGCCUGUAUUUAAUGCAGCUUGAUUUUAAGUUAAAAAAUGAAAGAAAUGGAAAAAGAGAACCUUUUAUGCACUAUCUGCCUUUUCCUGCUCUUCUGGAAUUCUAACAAAUGUCUAUUCAGUGAAUAUUACCGCUUGUCCUCCAGGCACAAUGUCUCUGCGCUUUCUUUUCUUCUUUUUUUUUUUUUCAGUUAGUCUAUGCUCCUUAAGAAACGGGUAAAAUGUAUAGUUGACAGCACAGUAAGCUCUCUAUAUCAAACCAUUUAAAUCCUAAUUAUUUUGUUUCCCUGUGCUUUUUUUUUUUUUAAUUUUUUUUUGUAAGUGGUUUUCUGUACAUGCUCAAAUAAUAUUGGCAAGGUGUUUCUCAAUCAUUUUGAAAGUCUGAGGUGGGAAAAAUAAUAUAUAUUUUUUUCCAUUUCUGCGAGGUAUCGGACGACGACUCCCAUGUUAACGUGUGUGUGCCUGUUUUUGUGUGGGCGUGUGUGUGUGCGCGCGCUAGUGGAAAGGCGGAUGUGUUCUGUGCAACUUUAAUUUGACUUUCCUCGGGUGGUUGUGACGAUAGAGCGGCGUGGGUUUGAGGGAAUUGCCCGUGGUGCCCCCCCCCCCCUCCUUUCCUUGUUUAUUUUCUGCGGCCGGUGUUCGAUCCCAGUCAGACACACACAGGCUGCCACUACUUGUGAUUCUCCACAGCUUUUCUCUGAACGGCAGAGUUUACAUGCUGCGUGGCGUUGGAAGCGGACGCCUCGCUCGCGGCCUGCAGCGGCUCCACUAACCGGCGCGCCGGCCGCCUCCUGCCCAAACACCCACCUGUAAAUGAACAUGGAUACCAGUGAUCACUGCGGGUGCCAUAUAAUUUAUAUUCACACUCUUCAGCUUUACGACAGCCUAUGCCAAGUUUGUUUCUUUUUCCUUUUUGUUUUGGGAUUCCGUUUUCAUGUUGUGGUACAGAUAGAUUUUUUUUUUUUAGCUUCUGCAUUGAGCAUCGGAUGAUUUUGAUGUGAACAGUUAAAGCACUGAAUAUUUUAGACAAAAGUCACACGUUAACAGACAGAAAAUGGUGGCUUGAGAAAUUCGCCAAGCUGUUUUCUUUUAUUUCCUUUUUUUUUUUUUUUUGGUUUUUGCGUUGUCUUCAUUUGGAUGUUUGAACUAAGAACAAAUGUGCGAACUGCAGUUAGUGUCCAUGGUUGAAUUGCACCUUCUCGUUCCCCUCAGUUUCUGGACUCCCCGCAGCACUACAAGCCACAGCACAGCCCAGUUUGCUGCUCUAGUGUUUGAACUGUGGGUAAACUUUUUACAUUUUAGUAACGACACCCCCCCCCCCCCCCCCCCCCCCUUCUAAAACAACAGUCACUUACUAAAUCUGUAUUUAACUCACAGUAGAUUUAUUUCUUGAAGAGAAAUGGUUUUAUUUCAGAUUUAUUUUCUGCCAUUUUUUUUUUUUUGUCUUUGCAUUGUUGGAAAUUAAUGUAUGUAUAUAUUUUUGACUCAAAUUUUCAAGGAAUAAAUCAUGUGGCUUGAGUUAGUUUUUUUUUUUUUUUUUUGCCAUGAUAAAUGUGAUUCUGCUUUGAGGUGUAUAGAUAUAGAUGAGCGUUGGUGUUUAGGCACACAGAGGCUUUCCCUCUAAUCAUGUCGGUGUUUAAACAAAGUAAUCAUGUACUAAAAAUCUAAUAUUUUUAACUGAUCAAAGUGACAAUCCUGAGUGUUUCGCUGCUGGGUUGUGGUGGGUAGGUAAUUAUUAAAUCUCUAACGACACACAUUGACUUUACUCCUAAAUUAGCUGCUCUCUAACAUGCUUUUGUGGCGGGAAAUGCCAAAGACACUUGGGAAGUCUGUAUCGCAAGAAGCCAGUUAACCAGCUGUAACCCAGCGAGAGAUG